CAGCAUGUCGGAGCUGGAGCGGCUGCGGCAGCGAGACAUCCCCGCGGGCCGCCAGGGCCUGCGGGAGCAGCACGCCAACCUGCACAGGGUCGCCGAGUACUGCGAGAGCAACUACCUGCAGGCCAGCGACAAGCGGAAGGCGCUGGAGGAGACGAUGGCUCUGAGCACCCAGUCCCUGGCCAGUGUCACCUACCAGGUCAGCAGCCUGGCCACCGCCUUCCUGAGGCUGCUGGACCUGCAGGCGGCCCAGCUGCGCCAGGUGGAGGCCGAUGUCACCUGUGUGGCACAGAGGGUGGACAUCCACAAGGAGAAGGUGUCCCGCCGGGAGAUCGGCUCGUUGACCGUCACCAAGAGGUUCCCGCCCUACCAGAAGAUUGUGGCUCCCCCCAACCCCCCCAGCCUGGAGCCCUACUACAGGAAACCCCUCAACUUCAGCGUCCUGGAUGACAUUGGCCACGGCAUAAAGGACCACAGCACGCAGCUGUCCCGCACCGGCACCCUGGCUCGGAAGGGCACCAAGUCGUCGGCGCAGGCCGUGGGCACCCUGGGGAGAAGCGCCCGCGUCCCUGAGCCCAUCCAGCCGCCCGUGGUGCCCGAGGGCAAGCUCUCCGCAGCCUCCUCCACCUCCUCCCUGGCAUCCCUCAGCUCCAGCGGAGCCCCAGCAGCUCCUGGUGAAGGAAUCCCGGCCCCGCCGCCGCUGCCCUCCCUGCCGGGACCCCCCGCUCCGGGGCCAUCCCUGCCAGGGCCACCCCCACCCCCUGCCGCUGCCAUCCCCCCGCCGCCCCCUCUCCCCGGGGCUCUGCUCCCACCGCCCCCCCCAGAGGACUUGGCCGUGCCCCCACCGGACCUGCCGCCCCCAGCCCCCGCUGACCUGGAGCCACCAUCAGCUCUGCCCGACUUUGAGGACUUGGCCCCGCCACCGCCACCCCCUGCCUCAGAGGAGCCUUCCUGGGUGCCAGAGAACUACCUGGAGAAAGUGGUGGCCCUGUACCCCUACACGCGCCAGAAGGACAACGAGCUCUCCUUCCAGCCCGGUGCCCUCCUCUUCGUCACGCGGCGCUACUCGGACGGCUGGUGCGAGGGUGUUAUGGGGCAGGAGGCGGGAUUCUUCCCCGGGAAUUACGUGGAGCCCUGCUGAGCCCCCAGGCCAGGCCGCCCCCUCCCAGGAUCAGCCAC